UUUCAUGUUAUAGAACCCUAUAUCAAUACCUCGUUUGUUUUGAUUCUACAUAUUUAUCGGUAAUUUCUCUAUAUAGUAUCUUUCUGGUCGAGAGGACGACUGCUGGAAUUCUUCUAAACUCACUCAAAAUGGGUAGCUGGACAUUGGAAGUCUUCAAAAUGGCCAUGUACAUGACAUUCCCGGUGGCAAUGUUUCAUAUCUUUAAUCAACCAGCGUACUUCGAAGAAUGGGUAACCAAAAAGAAACGUGAAUUAUAUCCACCAGAAAGUUUGGGCCAUCGUGAGACACUGCAACAGGCCAUCAAGGAACAUCGCGAAAAACAAGAUCAGAAAUUCUUGAAAGCUUUGGAAGAUAUUGAAAAGAAGCAAUCGGCCUAGAUUGGCAGAGAAUGGAGAUAGGUGUUUGUUUUAGUUCGUUAAAUCAUAUAAUUCAUUUUUACAUUAUAUAAGAAAAUGUGUAUUGUUUAAUAAAUAUUGAAAAACAAAAUUCAA